UGGUGUCAAAGCAAGUUUUUAAAGGUGAGGUGGAGAAUCGUGUUUAUGUUUAUUCAUUAUCCACGAACAUGUGCCUGCAUGCUCGCUCUUUUGGAUCAAGCUCCUCGGGACUUGAACAAUGCUGUGAUGGCCCAGGGCAUGCAUGCUGAGUCGGAUGGCUUCAGUGACCUACAGCAGGCCGCAUCCUUUCUGCCUCCAAGGAAGCCUCGCUGGCUACUGCACAGUAGCCAAGAGAGGCGAUCUUCGAUUUCUGACUGUCCCCUAGAACCCAUCCAGUGGCAGCGAAUGCGAGUGAGGGAAGACCGACGUAUGGAGGUCACCAUCAAACGGCUUCUAGCAAAGGGGACCACUGAUGCUCUGUGGGUUGAUUCUUUGCGUUCUUCGAUGAAGCGCAGGCCGAGGAAAGUGCCAAAGUUGCAUGGCCGAUGGCUUGGGCAUAAGACGCAGGACUUCGAGGCCGUGUGCCCAGCAAGGCUAGCAGUGAAGGAAGCUGAAGAAGUCCGGGAGGUCCAGAAUUCUGAAGAAAUCCGAGCAGGACUAGAGGUGCUUUCCCAACAUCCUGAUCAUGCAGCGAGGGAAGCACGAGAACCUGCGGGAAUGCAUGAUGUGCAAGCUGAACUUCAUUUGGACAUGGAAGAGGGUGGCCUUGGGAUGCCAGGAUGGACUCAACCCAGCUCGCAGAAGCUCGGAGAUUGGUUGAACAGUCUCUUUGAUGACUGUGGCACAGCUGGGAGAAGCAUCGCUGAAGGUGAGAAGGCUGAAGCCGAGCAGGUAGCGACCAGCGACAGCAGAGCCGGGAGCGAGAGAGCUGGCGAAAGGAGCGAAAGCCAUAGCGCUGGGAAUGGAAGAGCUGACGCUGCAAGCAACGCCGAGAGCGAGACUGAGAGGGAUGAUGAAAGGGCAGAGAAAUCUGAAGAAUGGAGAAAACCUGAUCCGAAUGUUCCAGAACCAGGACCUGCCCCCGCUGCGGAUGAACUCUUGCACUCUCUUCAGACCGUGGUGCCCGUUAGUACCACUGGAAGCCGUGGCAGCCGUUCAUCAAACGUGGCUUCUGAAGUACCCACAGAUCUGACAUUGCGGUCCGUUGAUGCCCAGCAGAUAGCAGAGGCUGUGACCACUGAUGUGGCGCUGCAGUCUAUGAGCUGCUGUGGAUCGACCAAGGUUGGGGAGGUGGAGUUUGACCAGAUGUUUUUGACCAGAUGCUGAGAACAGCCCAACGGGCGUGUGUGGGGGUUUUCAACUCGCCCAGAGUUGUGGAGGAUUUGGACCAAACCGACGACGGAAUUCUGGAGGACUCACCCUCCAUCAGUAGUUUGACCGCCGCCGGCCAUGCAAAGGAGCUGCUGGCAGAGUUGUCAUCACGCCUCGAGGCUGAGGCUGCAGAUGCGAAGGAUGCGAAGCUGCAGGUGCACCUGAACCUCUGGAGCAGUCAGAUUGACGCUGGGCACAUGUGAGGCCCGAGGCCGAAGAAGGCCGAAGGCAAAAAGCAUGUUUGUGCACCGCGCAGAAGGCCGGUGUGUGCAAAUCCCGCCACAAUUCACACAAUGUGAGUUCACGCAGAGUUGGGGUUCUAUGUAGCUGGCAUGCACACAAAGCUACAAGUUCAGAAUGCUUCGUUUCACUGCAGCUCCCACAUGUGUCGGAGCUCACACAGCCCCUCCGUAUGGUUUGCAUCAUGGGAGGAGAGCAUAGUGGCUUUAGGGCCAAAGGUGCUGGACCAUCAGUCACUCUGCAGGAGUACAA